AUGGCUAGCACGUGUUGGUAAACUAAUAAAAAUCAGGCUGAAUAUCAAAUAUAUCAAUAGCAAGCUUAAACUAAGGCUUAAGCUCAGAUUUAAUAUUUUGUGUUCUAAGACUUAUAAUAUGUUAUCAAUUUACUCUAUUAACUGAAAGCUGUUGCUUAACAUUUUAAGAACUCUGAACAUACUAUGGUUAAACUGUGUAAUAACAAGUUGAUGUUAUAGUUAAAUAUAUCAUACGGAAUACAUUUUGAUUAAUUAUAACAAUUUCAGAAGGAUUAAACAAACUUAAACUUUUUAAUAGCAUAAAGAAAUACUGCAAAAGGGAUACUUGAGUCCAUUAUUGGAAAAAUGAAUCAUGAUGAGUAGAAAUUAUUAAAAGAGUAAUUAGAAUUUAUUGAAGAUUACAAAACUAAUUGUUUAGGAUCGCAAUGUAAUUUGAAGCAGUAUUCAUUAAAAAACACAAAUUUGACUCCCUAAUUCAAUGAGUAAGUAUUGCAAUAAUUAAUUCAUUCAAUCUAAUAAGUUGAUAAUUAAGUAACUCACAUAAAAGAAAAUACUAAUUCUAGCUUUUCAUUGGAAUAAAUUGAAAGAACAGCAUAUAUGAAAGAAAAACAUAAGAUUAAUUGA